GGUUGCAGCGAUUGGGUGUCAUGAUUGAUGCCAACUCGGCGAAAAUCAUUGCGAAAGCAACUAGCUUUGGUGAUGCCGCAGGUGUUGCAACAGAUGUAUUCAUGAGGCUGGUGGACGAUCAGUUCAAAUCGCUGCAAGGUGUCUUGACUGGAGUGGGCUCGGCGGAAAUUCUAGGUCCUGUUGGCAUUGUGCAGCAGGGCGAAGAGCUGGUGCAGUCUGAAGGACUUCUUGGAAUCUUCAUUUUCUUUGUAACAAUCAACCUCAACUUGGCAUUCAUCAAUGCAUUGCCGCUGCCGGCGUUGGAUGGUGGUAAAGCUUUAUUCGUCUUCGCAGAGCAGGUCCUUGGGCGCCGCCUUGACGAGGGGAAGAAGCAAGACAUUGAGCUGGCUUUUGUCCUGCUUGUGCUCCUGGGUCUUGCCAGUCUCACCGUGAAAGAUGUGAGCCGUUUGUUUGGCCGCUGAGCCGUGCACUGGCCUGGGCUAGACCGCACCAACUCAGCCGGUAGAAAAUGCUCUCAGCAGUGAGUUGUACUGAGUGGUCAUGGUUGACAUAGUUAGAGCGUGUUGGAGGUUGGCUUUCCCCGUUGGGUAAAUGCCCAAAACCCAACAUGUUUUGAAGCCACCACUCCACCAUUUUUUUGAUUGCGCCCCC